GCAUCAGCGUCUUUGAUCCGUCAGUCAGCAGCAGCUACCUGAGAACAAACCUUGAACCCAAUGGACUUCUCGUCCUCACCUACAAAUUGGUACCACUCCUUCUUCUACAUCACCUUCAUCUCCGCCCUCCUCUACUUCCUCCACACCCAAAUCGCUCCCAAAUUACUCAUAGGCCAUCAACCCGUAUCCAUCAAGAAGACCAGCCCAAAUCUCCCCCUUCGCUUCCGCUCAGAUGGCACCUUCAAGAUUCUUCAGGUGGCUGAUAUGCAUUAUGGGAAUGGAGGGUCAAGUCGGUGCCGAGAUGUGUUGGACUCCGAGUUUGCAAGCUGUUCUGAUCAUAACACGUCGCUGUUCCUCAGGAGGAUGAUAGAAGCCGAGAAGCCCGAUUUCAUUGCUUUUACAGGGGACAAUAUAUUUGGGAGAAGCUCUACCGACGCUGCUGAAUCAAUGCUUCGAGCAUUUCGUCCUGCCAUUGAAUCCGGCCUUCCGUGGGCAGCAGUUUUGGGAAACCACGACCAAGAAUCUACAAUGACUCGUGAAGAACUCAUGUUCUUUAUCUCCCUUAUGGACUAUUCACUUUCACAAGUUAAUCCAUUAGCUGAAGAUCUCUUAGGAGAAAAGAUGCAAGACAUUGAUGGCUUUGGCAAUUAUGAUCUGAGAGUAUAUGGUGCCCCAGGUUCCUACAUGGCAAACAGCAGCAUUCUCAACCUUUUCUUUCUUGACAGUGGAGACAGAGAGAUUGUUAAUGGAGUACGAACUUACGGUUGGAUUAAGGAAUCACAACUCAAUUGGCUUCGUGGUGUUUCACAGGGCCACAGUCGUGAUCCUACUCAUUCAGACAAUGCUUUUCCUCCAGAUAAACCACCGGCCCUUGCUUUUUUCCAUAUCCCAAUUCCUGAGAUCCGACAACUGUGGAAUAAAGACAUUGUUGGCAAGUUUCAGGAGGGUGUGGCAUGUUCAUCAGUGAACCCAGGAGUUUUGCAGAUCCUUGUAUCCAUGGGAGAUGUGAAAGCUGUGUUCAUUGGACAUGAUCAUACCAAUGAUUUCUGUGGGAAUCUUGAUGGUGUUUGGUUUUGUUAUGGUGGUGGCUUUGGAUAUCAUGGUUAUGGAAGGACGGGGUGGCCAAGAAGAGGUAGGGUUAUACUGGCAGAACUCGGGAAAGGGGACAAAGGUUGGAUGGGAGUUGAGAGGAUUAGGACAUGGAAGCGUCUUGAUGAUGAGAAACUGAGCAAGAUUGAUGAGCAGUUAUUGUGGGAAAACCAUCCAUCACAAUAGCUAUAGUGCAGCCUUGCAGGUACAGUGUUGUAUAUUCUCUCAGGCAUCUCCAGUGUAGAAAUGAUAACAGUUGCAUUAUCAUCUUUCGCUCAUGUAAAACAGAACCUCUUGUUUGUAAUUUGAGGUUGUAAGUUUGUUGUGAAAAAGAGUAGUUGAUUCUUACUUGAACUGAAAACUGAUUGCCUGAAGAUAUCAAAAGCUUUCAACCUAGAAAACGGACCAUUAUUUUCCUACUAAAUGAAUCAAAGAGGGCCUUAAACUU